AUGUCUUCCCCGAUAGCAUCUCCGCCCGCUCCCGCCUCGUUCAGUGCGACAUUACCGCGUCCUUCUGUUGCAAACAGCAAAACCUCGCAGUCGCAAAAGAAACAAAUUUCACCAAUAGUAUCUCUCGCAUCAGGAGGUAUUGCCGGUGCCGUAGAGGCCGCUACUACAUACCCCUUUGAGUUUGCAAAGACAAGGGCCCAACUACAACCCAGCGGCUCCAGGAAUCCAUUUGCAGUCCUUUCCCAGGUCGCUCGCCAAGACGGUUUCCGCUCCAUUUACACUGGUUGCUCAACCUUGAUCCUGGGCACGACGGCCAAAGCAGGUGUUCGCUUUCUGUCGUUCGACUCUAUCAAGAAUGUCCUCAAAGAUGAGCAGGGAAACCUAUCCCCGGCUCGAGGCAUCCUCGCAGGCAUGGUCGCGGGCGCUGUGGAGAGUGUUGUGGCUGUAACACCGACAGAGAGAGUAAAAACAGCACUCAUCGACGACGCCAAGUCCGGCAAGAUGCAAUACAAAGGUGGCUUCCACGCCCUGACGGUGAUGAUCAGGCAGCAGGGCAUCAGCGAGGUGUACCGCGGUCUCCUGUCGACCACCAUGAAGCAGUCGGCCACCUCGGCCGUGCGCAUGGGUUCCUACAACAUCAUCAAGGAGCAGAUCAAGAAGAGAGACCUGCCGCAGAACAGCGCCGUCACUUUUGGUUCGGGGGCCAUUGCCGGUACCAUCACAGUCUAUGCGACACAGCCUUUCGACACGGUCAAGACCAGGUCUCAGUCCGCGCGCGGCGCUGGGACAAUGGAAGCCUUUAGAAGCGUUAUUUCUACAAGUGGCGUUAAGGGAUUGUGGAGCGGAAGCACCAUGAGGCUGGGCCGAUUGGUUUUGAGUGGUGGCAUAGUCUUUACCGUGUAUGAGAAGGUGUCGGGCAUUCUUACUGGAGGGCAAUGA